AUGCCUGCUAACACUGCUGCGGCAGCUGCAACGCUGCCUUUCGAGGCUUCGCGUUACACGGACUCGGUCAAGACCGACCUAGCCAGUGGUUUCAACGCCGCCGCUUUCGGUCUUAACCCCAUGUCUGCUGACGACCCUUCGUGGAUCGGACACGGAUUCCAGGCCCAGGCUGCCGAGGACUUUCUCUCUUCACCAGAGUGGACCGAUCCUUCGCCUGCCUUGACUGACUCGAUGUCUUUCGAGAUCGACUCGUGCGGCCCUAGCCCGCUGCUGCCUUUGGAUAGCUACGAGGAUGAUCUCGGAGUGCCCGGUAUUGCCGGCGCUCCUCUUUUCCCUCCUAUGGAUGGUUACGCCUCGUCCAACGUGAGCCCGCUGGAGCUCUCAAACAACGACUUUGGCGCCUCCAACACUGUUGGUGACUUUGGUGCCCCCGAGAUGGGCUCUGAUUUCAGCCUCUUCCCCGAGACCGCCAGCGCUCACAAUCCCGCUAAGGCUGCCAAGCUGCCUGUUGAGAUGGCUUUCAGCAAGCUCAGCAAGCCUGGUGCAGGUAGCAGCGCUGCCUCCUCGACUGAGGAUCCCGCUAUCACUCUGCUGCGUGCUUUGAGCAGUGCUGCCCUCUCCAACUCGGCGGCUGCUACUGCCAGCGUUGCUGUUCCCACCACCACCAGCGCUACUUCAGCACCGGCACUGACUGCUUCGCCCCUGGCCUUCACCACUUCCUCGGCUCCUCCGACUCUUGCUCCUGCUCCCGCUUCCACGCCGGUUGCCACCGCGGAUGAGUCGAAAUCGAGUUCGGCCGCCGCUAUGGACCGCAGGACUUCUUCGUCGUCGUCGUCUUCCACCAAGACCGACUCCACCUCGCGUGGUACCAAACGUCGACUCGACACCACCGAACUCCUCCCCCUCGACGCUCCCAUUCAAAAGCGUACCUACUACGCCGUCUCUGCCACCUCUCGUCGCGAUACCAACGCAACCGAUGUGGACGAGUUCGCUGAAGAAGAAGCCGCCAUUCGUCGCGAAAAAGAUCCCCGCGUUGCCAAGCGUCUAAGCAACACUUUGGCUGCUCGUCGAUCUCGUCAUCGGAAGGCAGAGGAACUUCGUCUGCUUCAUGAGAAGAUCGAAGCCCUAACGGGUGAGGUCGAAUCGUGGAAACGACGUUGCGAAUUGGCUGAGAAGGAGAGGGACGAUGCGAGGGCUCUUGUUGCCUGA